AUGGAUCUGCCCAUUGUCAGAGCACAUCUGCUGGAAGACCAAGUCACUGGUGAAUACACUCGAGCCAUUCACAGCGUCCGUAUGGGGCGCCAAAUGCCAUGUUACUGCACUUCCGCCGGCCACAAGAAUUGCUGCACUUCCAUCUGUGCCCUGCUCGUGGCUUGA